AUGCCCAGCGACCUGUCGCCAUACAGCGCGCGUCGCCUGCUGACCCAGCAGCUGGGCGACUCCAAGGCGGCAUCGCCCCAGCCGGGCCCUGGCAGGAACGCGAGCCCCAGCAGCCUCUCCAGAAAUGGGUCGGAGCAUGCUACCAGAGAGCCUCCAGUGGCAUCGGCCCGGCGUUCAAUGAGCGCCUCUAAACGAGAGAAGCCGAGGGAGGUGUCCAUGGACCGCCGGCUCAGGAAUCCGGCAGCAGCAGAGCCAGGCGCCCUGGGUAAACGCGACCCCUCGCCUGAACCCUACAGAGAGCGCACCAGAGACCGGUCCAGAGACAGGCGGCGAGACCGGUCGCGGGAAAAGAGACGCGACAGGUCUGGAGACAGGAAGAAGGAUCGUUCCAGAGACAGGCGGCGCCAUCGCUCCAAGGACAGGCACAGUCGCCGCGACCGCUCGCACUCCAGAGACCGGCGGCAUAGGGACAAAUCCAAGGACCGACAACGCUCGCCAUCACGUAUACCGUAUCGUUCUCGUAAGCCACGCGCUCGCUCGCGCUCCGGCUCAACGUCGCCGCCACCCAAGCGCCGCCGCCGUUCACGUUCCGCAUCUCGCUCCCGUUCACCUCCUCUGCGCAAACGGGACAAGCAACCGCUCCCUUCCCAGGAGGUGUCUUUCCGUGGUCUCGAUGAUUCUGCUCAGCCGCCGUCGAAAUAUGGUGGCGCGCCGCCCGACAAAGAGAAACCCAACUUCAAGCCUACCGGUGCACUAGCGAAAGCUGCCAACCGUGUAGAGGGUACCAAAAUUUCUCUCAAAUACCACGAGCCGCCUGAAGCGCGGAAGCCGCCCACAUCACAGCCAUGGCGCAUCUUUGUCUUCAAAGGCGACGAUGUGGUCGACACAAUUGAGCUCUGGCAGAAGAGUUGCUGGCUCCUGGGCCGGUCGCGAGAAGUUGUAGAUUAUGUACUCGAGCACCCGAGCUCGAGCGGACAGCACGCCGUUAUCCAGUUCCGAUAUAUACAGAAGACGAUCGAGGACGAGUUCGGAGUGAAGAGCACGCGCGGAAAGGUUAAACCGUAUGUUAUCGACUUGGAAAGCAGUAAUGGUACCGAAUUGAACGGCGAAGAUAUUGAAGCCAGUCGAUACUUUGAGCUUCGCGACAAGGACAUACUCAAGUUUGGCGGAAGCGAGAGGGAAUACGUUGUCAUGCUACCGCCAGCAGACUCGAAAUAA